CACAAGGGUCGCGGGACAGCCGGAGCCUAACCCAGCUAGCUUCGGACGAAAGGCGGACUCCACCCUGAACUGGUCGCCGCUCAGUUGCAGGGCAGAUAUCGACACCAUCACUGAGUGGGAAUCGAUCCACGCGCCUUUGAGAAAUCAGAGAGCUCAACAUCCCCCCCUGGUGGUGAAAUCGAAAAGUUGUUGGGUUCCAAAACAAAACGACGUGAUAUGAUUUUUCAUUCAUCCCCCCCGUGUGUUGAAGCACCAUUUUUCCACAAAGCUGGCCAAAAGGCACAUCAAGUGAAAUGACUUUGUAGACGCUCGAUUCCCGCAGAGGCACCAGACCCCAUGGAGGCUUCAAGUCCCGCCCACGCCGGGACUCUCCCGACGACGUCCGCCACGCUCUCCUCCUCCGCUUCCGGCUACCUUGACUCCUUUUGGCGCUACCAGGACAAGUCCGUCAUUCUGGAACAUUACAACUACACGGGCAAACUCCAGGGGCAGGGGGAUCGCUACCGGGACGGCCUCCGGCCCGAGGGCAUCGCCUUCCUGGUGGUGUGUCUGCUGAUCGUGCUGGAGAACGCCGUGGUUCUGCUGGCCAUCUGGAGGAACAAGAAGUUCCACCUGCCCAUGUACUACCUCCUGGGGAACCUGACCCUGUCCGAUCUUCUGGCCGGGAUCACCUACAUGGCCAACAUCGUCAUGUCCGGGCCGAAGACCUUGCAGCUGACGCCGCUGCUGUGGUUCGUCAGGGAGGGGGGCGUCUUCAUCACUCUGGCCGCUUCCGUCAUCAGCCUGCUGGCCGUCGCCAUCGAGCGCCACGUCACCAUGGUGACCAUGAGGCCGUACCACGGGGCCAAGCGGGGACGCAUGUUGGCGCUGAUCUGCGCCAGCUGGGCCCUCGCGGCCUUUUUGGGCGUCCUCCCGAUCCUGGGAUGGAACUGCAUCCACAGGCUGGACCAGUGCUCCACCGUGCUUCCUCUGUACGCCAAGAGCUACAUCCUGUGCUGCGUUUCGGUCUUCAGCGCCGUCCUCCUGGCCAUCGUGGUCCUGUACGCCCGGGUUUUCCGCAUCGUGCGCUCCAACACGCGGCGCCAGCGGGUGGGCUUGUCCGGCAGCGUGAGAAAGGGCUUGGCCAGGAAGUCCCAAAAGUACAUCGCCCUGCUCAAGACGGUCACCAUCGUGCUGGGCGUCUUCAUCGCCUGCUGGCUGCCCCUCUUCCUCCUCCUCCUCCUGGACUUCUUCUGCCCGACACGCAGCUGCCGCCUCCUCUUCAAGGCCGACUACUUCCUGGGAGUGGCGAUGGUCAACUCGCUGCUCAACCCCAUCAUCUACACGCUGACCAGCAAGGACAUGCGGCGAGCCAUCCUGAGGCUGCUCUGUCGGCCGUGUCUCGUGACCCGGGACGGGCAGGUGAAGAAGAUCGGCAUGCCCUUCCUGGAGUGCAGUUUCAGCAAGACGGAGUUGCCCUCCCAGAAGUUGGAGGCGGGGAUGGAGACCACAAUCUCCUCCGGGAACGUGGCCACCACCCCGUCCCCCAUCAAGACCCUCUACCCGAAGGUUUUCAAGUCCUAAAGACCUGCCGACGUGGACUCGCGGGGCACCUUCUGAAGAACAAAAAUCCCUUUUGCGCUGCACGGCGCCUACUCGACUCAGCGCUGACUGAUUCUAGUACCUGAUGGGUGCUCAAUCGAUAGCACACGGGUGGACUUAAACCGACGGUGGGCCCCAACGGUCCCUCGCUGACCAGUCGUCGUGCCUUGGCUUUGGGUGACACCGUUAUAGUCCGCAGUCUCCACUUUGGCACGACAGAGAGUUUUCUGCGUCUCGAAUAAAAAUGUUCUCCGUGGAACCGCAAUACAGGAGAGCGUGUUUGUUCUGACUCGUCCUUCUUUGGCUGGUGACCAGUCCGGGGUGUGCGGCACCUUUGGGACAGGCUCCAGGUCACCAGUGACCAGAAUGUGACUGAGCACAGCACCAAAAAAAAAAAAAAAGGAUGUGAGGAAGACCAAAGACUCUAAAAGAACCUCGUAGAGCUGAGUUGAGGCGAGCUGGGACUGAACGGUAGAAAAUGGACGAGAACCAGAGCCACUGUGGGUGAAAACUGGACGGAUCCGCCACAGAAAGCGGCAGAAUAUCAAAUGAUCCCGUUGAAGACGACUCAUUAGUGGCUCGGUUGUAGACAAGCACGACAUCGAGUUACACGAUAAGACAACGAGGCCUCUCAAAUGUGAACAAGGCUCAUUUGCACUGAGAUUUCCUGGAGAAUGCAGAAAUUGGCUCGCGCUCCUGCGGUUCCGCGGUUUGAAUCCAAGCCCGGAAGGACACUUUGAUGACAUCAGCGACCGCCUUAUGUAAAUAUCGCAUUCCCGAGAUCUCGGGGCGGCUUUCUCCAGCCCCCUUGCUGCUGUUUUCUAUGAAAUUGGCACAGACAAACACAAUUUUCACAACCGUACAUCUGUUAACGCGGAUUUGGCUGGAUCGAAGGCCCGAGCGCCGACGUAUACCGUGCGUGCGUGGUUUUACUGUGUUGCUGAUGGAAGCUGAGAGAGACCAGUGGUUCUCAAUUGCUGGGUCGGUACCCAAAAGUGGGUCACGGACACAUUCUGGGUCGGUCGCAGACGGUGCGUGUAAAAACUGAUUUUGUUUUUUUUUUUCAGUACUUUCCAGAGAACUAUUUGAAACUUAUCUGGUCAGUGACGAGAAACGUUGCUUCUGUUCUAGCCGCUCGUUUACUUGGUAAAGAAAUACGGCGCACCACAGCCUUUGCCUGGCACACACCGUGGCAGGCUCGUUUGAAAUUCUACAAAAGUGGGCACACGUUUGCAGCAGCAGGAACAAUAGAAAACAGGCGCAGUCGACCACAGACGGCUUCAAUGCGCCGUGUGGGAGGGAAGCGACGGUUGCCUUUUUUGUUUUUUGCAAUGACACAGACGUCGUCGCGUGGCCAGUGGAAAAUGUGCUCGUCUGGGUGCUAAAUGUCAGACCGACUGCAAAGCUGAACCGCAGUGCCACAAUGUUACAUUCGGUUUAUGCUGACAAACCAAACGCAUUCUCUCGUUUUUGCCAUCACACCUUUGUGCAAAUGUUUUGUUUUGGGUCCCCUGUCAGGACCCAGAUGGACAAAUUAUUAUUUUUUUGUUUUUGUUCUUUUAAUGUGAUUCACUUUUUUUGUAUAAAAAUCUUUGGCAAGUGUUGUAUAGUAAAUUAUAAUCAUUUUGUUACAGUGUGUGCUUGACACCAUUUUUCUAAUAAAAUAAAGGACUGUUUUAUUUGGACUUUUUUAAAAAUUGUGUGCAACUGUUGGAAAACCACAAGAAGCACGACAGGAAGUGAUCCCCCCUCGUCGCACAUCUGCCAAUGGCACUGGCCUAUAUUAUAUAAAUACACAAUUUAAA